UCCCUAACCCUGCUGAGCCCUACUGGUCAUUCCCAGUUCUCCCUGCCUAGGAAUUAGCCCCAGGAGGGAUCUUCCUUGGCAAAAGGAAGUGGAGGCUGCUAAGGCUCCUAAGACCUCCUGUGCAUUUAACUCAGCCAACAGCUAUGGGGUGUUCCCCCAAGAUGUAUACACACGUUGAAUAUUAAUUCCAAUGGGUUAAAUCGGAAAAGAAACAUCAACGGAGCUAUCAGCUUUUAGUAGUGGGUACAUUUUGGGGGACACCCUGUAUUUGAGUCCCUACUGUGAGCUCUCCCAUGUCUGGUACCAUGGACUUAGCAGUGAAUCAAAAAGUCACAACGGCCCUGUGGACCUUACAGUAGGAAAGACAAGACACUCAAAACAAUUAUAAAUGCAAGGGCUGCAAAAGAAAGGCGGUUAUAGUGGGUUUUGUAGAAGAAGGGACAUGGAUUGGGAAACACAAUGUUUGCAUUGAGGCCAUAAAGACAGCCAGCCUCAGGCGAAGACAAACAGUUAAUAGUUUUCUAGGUACAGAAUGUGCCAGGGUGGGCGGGGAGCACACAGCAUGCCCCAGGAACCGACCAUCAGGGUGGCUACAGAGCACAAGGCAGGAGGCAGGUGGGACAGAACUGCGGGAGUGUUCCGCAGUGCAACUCCCGCAGAAAGCCUUCGGAGAGUAACCCUAAUCCGCCUCCAGUCCUGGCCCUUCAGGUCCGGGUCCCAUGCGCUCCGGGAGUGACUUCCCCCGCAGCAACUCAAACUUCUCGGGGCAGGGGACCGGGAGGGGUCUCUCCGUGGUCCCCUUGGCGGGGACCUGAGACACGCACACUCGCAGGGUGUGCAAACUGGCAGCGGGAACCCAAUCCCGGUCUGCGUGGGCGCAACUCCGCAGUCGAGGGCUGUCCAGCGUCUUGGCAAGAAAAACUACACUCCCCACAACACUCUGCGCCUCCGACUCGCUGCGGUUGCUCAUGGCCAAUCCGGAGAGGUAGCUGUGGCGGGGGCCGAGGAGGGACAUUUUAAAAGGGCCGGGGAUUGCGGGCGUCAGUGGCCAUGGCGGAUACAGCGACCACAGCAUCGGCGGCGGCGGCAAGUGCCGCUGGCUCCUCGACCGAUGCACCUCCUUUCCAGCUGGGCAAACCGCGCUUCCAGCAGACUUCCUUCUAUGGCCGCUUCAGGCACUUCUUGGAUAUCAUCGACCCUCGCACACUCUUUGGCCCUUGGCUGGUCCCUGGGUCUGUGCCCCUCAAUGUCCGCUCUCUCUUCCCUGCAGAGACGUCUCCGAGAGGCCGUGCAGCUGCUGGAGGACUAUAAGCAUGGGACUCUGCGCCCCGGGGUCACCAAUGAACAGCUCUGGAGUGCACAGAAAAUCAAGCAGGCUAUUCUACACCCGGACACCAAUGAGAAGAUCUUCAUGCCCUUUAGAAUGUCAGGUUACAUUCCGUUUGGGACGCCAAUUGUGGUCGGUCUCCUUUUGCCCAACCAGACACUGGCAUCCACGGUCUUCUGGCAGUGGCUGAACCAGAGCCACAACGCUUGUGUCAACUAUGCAAACCGCAACGCUACCAAGCCUUCACCUGCAUCCAAGUUCAUCCAGGGCUACCUAGGAGCUGUCAUCAGUGCCGUCUCCAUCGCUGUGGGCCUUAAUGUCUUGGUUCAGAAAGCCAACAAGUUCACCCCGGCCACCCGCCUUCUCGUCCAGAGAUUUGUGCCCUUCCCCGCUGUAGCCAGCGCCAAUAUCUGCAACGUGGUGCUGAUGCGGUACGGGGAGCUGGAAGAAGGGAUUGAUGUCCUGGACGGCGAAGGCAACCUCGUGGGCUCCUCCAGGAUCGCAGCCAGACACGCCCUGCUGGAGACGGCGCUGACGCGAGUGGUCCUCCCCAUGCCCAUCCUGGUGCUCCCUCCAAUCGUCAUGUCCAUGCUGGAGAAGACGGCUCUCCUGCAGGCGCGUCCCCGGCUGCUCCUCCCUGUGCAAAGCCUCGUGUGCCUGGCAGCCUUCGGCCUGGCCCUGCCUCUGGCCAUCAGCCUCUUCCCACAGAUGUCAGAGAUCGAAACAUCCCAGUUAGAGCCUGAGAUUGCCCGGGCCACCAGCAGCCGGACAGUGGUGUACAACAAGGGGCUGUGAGUGGUGGCCGGCUGGCCUGGGGAUGCGGCCUUGUCCAGCCUGGGGAGCUGGGGGCGGGGCAGGGGUCUCGUGAGUAGUGCCUGCAGGGAGGGCAAGCUGGCCCCACCAGUCCUGGAGCACCUGGGGGUGGGGGUCUCCAUCCACAGUGUAGGCAGACUAAUCUAUUCACCUGUUAGCAUAAGGGAGAGGAAUUCUGACACGUUUCCUAUAAAGAUAAUCAGGCGCAUUUCUGGGCCUUCCGUGGGGCUGCCACAACUCACCUCAGCACAACUAUGUGUGAAGCUGAAAAAUUGUAGAGUGCCCACAGGGUAGAAUUAGGGUCCUUUUAUACUUUUUAUUUUUAUUUUUUAUCAGAAUCAAGCCUUGGUUGCAGCUGCCCAGAUGCUGCUAGCAGGUGGUCUGGUGGUGGGAGUAGGGGCGGGCCUGCGGCGGGCUGGCCGGCUUGGUGGUGGGGCUGGUAGAUUUAAGAUAUUGCUGUGGCCAAGACCGACGUCUCCCUGGGUGUCCAGGGGUAGGAAGGGAGGGGAGGCAGUCUACGCCUCGCCGGAUGAGCCAGCUAUGACUAAGUUCCUCAGGAGGUGUCCCAGGAAAUCAAGGAGCACUGGAAGUCUCUGGAAGGUUCCAUGGGCAGCUGGCUCAGAGUGUGGCCGGCCUUCAAGAUCCAGGCCACACCUGCAGAACCGAUUCCUCUACAUGAAGCCCAGUGGCACACGGGCUGGCAUCACCCUUCAUGGAGCCCUGAUAUAUGGGAGGCCCCGGAGAUGACCCCAGCUCCAGGCAGGAAGCCCCAAGAAGGAAUGAUGUUGGGUGGGAGCCGGGGGCAUGCAGCCCGGCCUUUGCAGGAAGAUCUUCCUCCCUGGCACCAGGCUGGAAGCUGGGCAUCAGGGCCGAGUGUGGGGCUGGAGCCAGGCUGACUGCCACUGAGCAGGAGGGCCCCGUGCCCGAGAGUACAAAGGCCAGAUCUCUAGGCACCUAUCGGAGAGAAAGCAUCAACUGGGGAAUCAAAGCAGGCGCUGGCUCUGGCCGGCGGCGUAACCUUGGACAAGCCCACUUCCUUCUCUGAGCCUCCACCCCCAUGUCUGGAGCCCGAGGACUGGAUCAAGGGAUUCCCGCCUGCUCGUCCAGCUAGAUCCCGUCUUUGCCUGUCCCGCUCAGAUGCUGGUCAUCCCAACACGGACACUGGACUGGGAAAGGGGCGGGUCCCUGUGGGCAUGGCCAGCAGUUGGCCUCAGGACCCGGACUCUGCUGUUCUGUAAGUGAUCCCUCCUCCUGGGAGCACUGGGCCUUUGCCAAACACUUUACAGUUGUGAAGGAGGAGGUAGUAUGGAUGCCUGGGCUGGAGUGGGGAGCCAUACCCACAUGCCGCCUCUCAGCCUGCACUGGCCUCUGAGGCCCCUGGCUGCCGGCUGCCAGCUGCCGCCUCCCUUCCAGUGCGGGCCAGGAAAGGGGAGAGCUCUGCAGAGGAAAUCAGGGCCUGGGUGGGGUGAACAGGGUAAUCUCUCGUCUGAAAGGCCCCAAAAAGAGGACACAUGGGUCUCAAGGUACCUCUCACCUGGGCACAACUGGAAUGAGACUUCAACAUGCAGCCUCAGGGCUCCCCUGCCCUGGUGCCUGACUCCGCCUGGGGAGACGUGGCUGGAGGUGGACAGGUACGUGCAGGGAAAGGCAGUGCAGGGCAGCGGAGGCCUGGCCACAGGCUCUGCUCCCCUUGGGCCGGGGGAGUUGUGGCGAGGUGGGUCUUCUACAGGCACUGGCCCCCGACCUCCCACCAGAAGCCCCUGCGGCCCUCACCUCCCAGCCAGCUCUGCAGGGUGCAGCCCGAGGGCCCCCACUCUCCCAAGGAGCAGCCCACCCACUGCCCGUCAGGAAGGGGAGAGGCAGCGACACGCAUGGAAGACAGAGCAGCAGCAGGAAGGGCUGCGGUGGUGUUGGAGGGUCAGGUAUUUUUGCGUUACUUCUGCCAUAAUGUGAAUGUGCCAGCGACUGGGGCCUGGGCACGUCUGGGGCCCCUUUUACAAACUCACCCCACCUCACCUCUUAUUGGGUCUUUUUUUAAAAAAUAUAUAUUUUUAAUUAAUUUCAGAGAGGAAGGAAGAGGGAGAGAGAGACAGAAACAUCAAUGAUGAGAGAGAAUCAUUGAUUGGCUGCCUCCUGCAUGCCCCCCACUGGGGAUUGAGCCCACAACCUGGGCAUGUGCCCUUGACCGGACUCGAACCUGGGACCCUUCAGUCCGCAGGCCGACGCUCUAUCCAUGGAGCCAAACCGGCCAGGGCUUAUUGGGUUUUAUUCUUAUGCACUUUACCUUGGGACCAAAACUGCUCCCCCCAGCUCCACCCCCCACCCCCUCCAGAGGCCUGGCAGAGAUGGGAUCUCUCCAUCUCCCUCUGGGCUGGCUGCCCCGGCCCAGCCCUGUGGCCCCUGCAUCUCAUAACCUAUUUACUGUAUCUCCCAGCUGAUUUCCGGUGAUGCUCCCAAAUGCAGUUUCAGGUGACUUCAGGGGGCUCCUCCUGGUAGGGGUGGUGGCAGCGAAGGAUCCUUAUAGCUCAGGGUGACGGUGUCAGAGAUUCAGCGAGCCGUGCUGCUAGGCCCUGGUCUGGCUGCAGAAAACACCAUGAGGGGAAACUUUCAGUUCGCAUCCAGCCCCGCUCAGCUGAGGCCAGAGGAAGGGAGGCCUCAUGGGAAGAUGGUGUCAUGUCUGGGGAGGAGGCUGAGUCAGGGCAGGGCUGGCCCAGCGGUGCCAGAAUCCAGGCCAUACCUGCAGCCGUUUCUCCAGCUCUGGUGUAUCUGCCUGGCCCUCCUCUGGUCACUUCAAACAUUCCUGAAGGCUUGGGAUGCCCCUCUCCCGUUUCCAGAGAGCAGUCCGCAUGUGCAGGGACCAAAAGCCCAAGAUGUCAGGAUGGCUGCCGAGAAAGGAUGGCCAGCAUCCCGUUCCACGUCCUGAUUGGGGAGGAGGUGGAGGGGGGCUGUGUCCUGUCCUGGGCCUCUACCCUGGCAGAAGGGUGGGGUUCUGAGAGGAAACAGGCCCGUGGACAGAAGCAAGGUGGUUUCCCAGCCCUGGGCCUCGGUCAUACCUGGGUUACUUUGCAGUGUCUUUUUAACCUUCUCAGAAAAUUUCUCAAUCUCUGUGAUUUGUGUACUACUAAUGAACUGUGGGCAAUAAAUGAUGGAUUUAAAGCA